AGGAGCAACUACUUCAUCUCCCUUAGACGUAUCUAUAGAGCUUUGCUGAUGCUACUCAUACAUCCUUUAUUCUCUAAAAUACACUGUCUCGCUGAAUUUUGAAUAGCAUCGAAAUGGUAAAAAUUGCUGUAGGGCAACUAUGUUCAACGGCGAGCAUGGCACACAACCUCGCUCAAUGCCAGACAUUAGUUAAAAAGGCGAUAGCUGCAGGUGCCAAGGCACUAUUUCUUCCCGAAGCCACCGACUAUAUUGCCUCUUCGAGCGCCGAGAGCGUGUCAUUAGUGCGCUCUGUACAGCAAAGUGAAUUUGUUCUUGGUCUUCAAAAGGAAGCCAAGAAUGCAAGAUUACCAAUUAAUGUGGGCAUCCAUGAACCUGCUCAAGGUGGAAUCAAGGUGAAGAAUACCUUGAUAUGGAUUGAUGAGCAUGGUGAGAUUGUGCAACGGUAUCAGAAAAUACAUCUCUUUGAUGUUGAAAUCAAAGGUGGCCCAGUACUCAAAGAAAGCGCGAGCGUUGAGGCAGGUACCCAAAUCCUUCCACCAUUCGAUACUCCUGUAGGACGAGUUGGUCUUGCUAUCUGCUUUGAUCUACGAUUUCCGGAGAUCUCCAUAGCUCUAAAGCGCCAGAAUGCGCAACUUAUAACAUUCCCAUCAGCCUUCACUGUACCUACGGGACAGGCGCACUGGGAAGCUCUUCUCCGUGCUCGUGCUAUUGAGACACAGUCAUAUGUGGUUGCUGCGGCACAGGUGGGAUCGCAUAACGAGAAACGGAGAAGCUAUGGACAUUCAAUGAUAGUCGAUCCAUGGGGACAAGUCGUUGCAAAGUUGGGAGGGGAUUCCAAGGAGCCCGAAAUUGCGACUGCCGAUGUGGAUUUUGACCUUAUUGAUAAGAUACGGAAAGAGAUGCCUUUACUUCGCCGUACGGAUGUCUAUCCUGUGAUAUGA